AUGACUGAGACUGAGACGCGACAACCCGAUCCGGCGCAGUGUGGACCCGCCCGUGCUCCCAGCGCGACCAUGCCCACGAUGGAUGCCAGUGUGCCUGCUGUUGAUGGCCUUGUUGGGCGGACGGCAGCAGCAGCACCAGCAGCGGCACCAGCAGCGGGUGUUUGCACCGCUACUUGUUCUUCUUCCGCGUCAUCGUCCGCUUGCCAUCAACCAGAUCCUGAGGUGCUGCCGGUGCCUGACUUGAGCAGCUGCACGACAGAGCCCGAGCCGACCGUGCUCGCAAUGUGGUCUGCGUCGCGCAACCGAGCCGCACAGACGCGCGCAUUGGACUUUUUCGCAAAGUUGCUGUGCGCGACGACCUCGAUCGAGUACUCUGCCGACACGGACCAUCUGGGACUGCUCAACCACAUUGCAACGCAUGCACAGACACAGCCGUACCUCAACCCGGUCGUCGCGCAGGAAGUCGCCGUCCGAUCGUCCUUUGCCAAUCCAGCCGUCGAGGCAGAGUUUGCCGGCUACCAAGGCAGCAGCAGCAGCCGGUGGAUGGGACUCUCCUCCUCCGCAGCGUCAAGCUCAUCCCGAUCAGGCACUGCGUCAGUCGGAGGAGGACUCGGUCACGCCGCUCGAGCUCAUGCAGGUUCAGGCUCAGGUUCAGGAAACACACCCAUGGCAUUGUACGCUGAAUCUGUCAUUCGGGAAUCCAACGAAUUUGAGCGAACUUCCUCCGUGGUCGAUCUGGCCAACAUGGACGACGACGACGCUAGUUCGGACACAAUGUCGAACGCAAGCGGACCGAUCAGCUCGAUGAUGGAUUCCAUGCACGCGGAAGAACGGCUGCCGCUCGCUCAACUGAAUCGGUCAGCCAUGGGCCAGGACGCGUCUCCUGCUGUUACUUCUGCUGCUGCUGCUGCUGCGGCUGCUGCGGUUGAGCACUACUUUCACCUCGACCUGGGCGACAGUCGUAGCUUCAACCCAACGCACAUUGUACUGCACUUUCGCUUGGCGCUUGCACGCUCGGCCGAUCCCGCCAAGCAGAUGCUUGCGUUUGCGAAAACUCGAGCAACCCUGUCGGUUUUCGGCUCCAAUGAUGGAGUCGCGUGGGAACCGCUGUACGGCUCUGGUAAAAGUCAAGGUGGUGCCUCGCAUCACCGUCCGACCAAUCAAUCGUCUGCGCGGGCUGGAGAGGCGACUGCCAAGGCGGACUCGGCGGCCUCCGAAGGCGUUGGAAGCAGCAGCACCGCACUAUUUUCGCGACGCCUUGCAUCACGUUUGUCGGGGGUUGCCAGACGCGACUCUGACACCAGAGUCGAUCGCAACACCAACAGCAGCAGCGGCACUAUCAGUCCUGCAUCUUCGCAAGCACUGUCACACGAUGACGGCAAUAGCACGUUGAGAAUCCACACGUUCGAGUACUACCGUCACUUUCGAGUGGUUGGCAACGCCGGCCUUCAAUCGGCCUCGAUCGAGCUCUUUGGCGAGUUGAUGACUGUCUCUGCGCUUGCUCGCAAAGUGCAGGCCUUCCAACAACAUCAGCAAUUACCAGCAUCAUCAUCAUCUCCCAACUCGACUGGUGUGCGCCUUCCCGGACCGUUGCACUCUCUUCCUUCAUUCGACGCGACUGCCACCCAAGAAAAUGUCAGGGAAGCGUUGGAUCAUGAUGUUGUUCAUCAUGUCGUCCAGCUUGCAAGCUCUCAUCACGCCUCUGUGCGGCAUGUAGCCGCACGCUUGCUUUUAGCCAUGGGUGCACACGAAUCUCUGUGCACGGCGAUCGCAGAGCACUCUGAUUUGCCACGCCUUUUAGAUCUCGCCACCGCCUCAGCCUCGGCUGCCGACGAUAUUGUCCGGGCUGCUGCCAUUCGGCUUGUUCUGCUUGUGUUUGGCACAUCCGCGGCCGCGGCAGACCGUCUCAUCCAGCUCGGGGCAGCUCCCUUCCUCGCGUACGCAGAAGUGGUGGGCUCGUGCUCCAUCCUCAAGUACGCCUUGGCUCGACUUGAUACCGCCGUUGUCCAGUCGCAUCUGGCGUCGCAAUCGCGCGUGGCUUUGCUCAUGAGCUCCAUCCAAGGAAGCAUCCAAUUUUUCAGGCUCGAUGCCAUUGUGCUCAUUCCCAAGCUCGUCCAGCUGGAUCCGUCGUUUGCGCUGGAAUUGAUGAGCCACAACUUGAUUCCAUUCCUGGCAAGUCUGCUGUCGCCGCUCGCAAUGCAGUUCCGGGACAACGCCAACGAAACGUCUGUUGCCGAGGCGACGUUGAUUGCCAUCCUUGACGCCUUCGUCGCGCUCGCUGCAGCGCAGCCCCAGGCGUGCAUCCCACCCAUUCAGGAGCACGCCGUGGCGCUUGGCAUUAUCUCUGCCGCAUUGAACGACUGGUCUGUUGUUGAACGCUGUGUUGACAUUUUAAUGCUCUUGUCGGCAGACUCGGACAUUGAGGCGCUCUUUUCACGGUUUGAUGCCGUGAACUUUUGCGACAACUCUGCUGGCGUCUCCCCUGCGCUGCGCGCUUCGCAAGUUGCCAUGGCAUUUACCGGUCUGAUACACUGUGCUCUCUGCCAUCCCGAUCACGAGUAUGCCGAGCGUGUGUGGAAGUUUAUUCUCCCAAGUUCGGCGCUCGGCCUGCGCACAUCUUCGUCCGCUUCUUCUGAUUCGUCUUCGACCUCUUCGUCGUCUUUCAGCCCCGCCCGGCUCGACACGGGCCCAUUCUUGCGCGCGUGCUUGUACAUGAUGUGCGAAUCGCUUGGGCCGUGCUCGCCGCAUAUUGUGGCGAACGGAGUGUUUGCGCUGGCGGAUCGGCUCGUCUCUGACCCCCACGCGUUGGCAGAACUCAUCGUGCAGCUGGAAGGGCGCUCCCGGAUACUACCGGCACUGCUGGCAAAGGGUCUUGCGUGUGUGGUCACCAUCGAAUCGCUUGCCCCGUGCAUUGCCAGCUGCCUGGACAUCCUCGAUGUCACGCUUGCGUCUUGGGUGCCGUUCGCCCAGGCGUCUGUCGAUGCCGACGCAGCUGUCAGCUCGGCCUUCCGAUUCCUGCUCGCCGUCUUUUGGGCCACCUGUCAGUCAGCGCCCAAACUUGCGUUCCGUGCCUCCUGCAUGGUCUGCACUAUUGUGCGCGCCCUCACUGAUGCGCAGUUGGAAGUGCUCGUCACUCAACCCUGGCUCGACCACGCGUCGUUCGGAAGUCGAGACGCUGUUGUCGCUCCUGCUGCUGCCCCUGCUGCUCCUGCUGCUGCUGCUGCACAACAAGAGAAGACCAGUUUUAGUGCGAAACUCGACAACCUUGCGUGGGCCAUCAUUGACUCUGCUGUCGUCGCUCUUCACAUGGACUCCACCGAAGGCCAGGAGGAUGCCCGACCUGUCGAUUUCAACCAGUCUAUCAUCACCAGCUCUGUCCGCCUUUGGCAAGCACUCUGCGCACGUGAAUGCAAAGAUCCAACACUCCGCGCACAGCUGUACGAGACCGCCAUGCAGACAUUCAAGCAGCAAUCAGCUGCGGGUCACAUGCUUCGGCUGAUUGAGCGACUCGACUGGCUCUCAAAGACAAAGCCGCUGUCCAUCAUGGAUCACAGCCUGUUCCAGCCUCCAGAUCUCACGUUUGACCUCCCUCCGCCGCCUUUCUCGCUCAUCACGCCGCUCAUCGUGUCCCGAGCUAUGGGAUUGACCAUGCAAGUCAUGAUUCAUGCGUCACGCAACAAGCAUUUGGCGCCCGCCAAAUCAGCGCCCCUUUCAGAGAAUGAUGAUGCUCAUCCUACUGCUGUCGACAAGGCCUCUUGCGCCGUAUCGUGUCUUCUCGCGGUGAUUGACAACCGGCAGCUUGAGAUGUUUGUGGAGCGUGCCUAUGACGCAGAUCCCUUCACCGGUCGUCUCGCGCGAAAACUCCUCAGCGUCGCAUCGCACCUCGUGACGCCCAAGCAACUUGCCUCGCUGCCCGCUUUUGGCUAUGCCUGGGGCGCCCUUCACUACACGUCCUUCUUUGAAGGCACCCAGGCAGCCACCCAGAACCUCGCCGGGUUUAUCCCUUCUGAAAUCGCUCCCGUCUCGUCCGCUGUCGUUGUGAGCGGGCUUCCCGAGGCUGCUGGACCCAUUUGUUUGCCGCGACCCAAAAAGACGCCUUCCUCAGAGGCACCGGAUAGUGAUGGUCAGGCUUUGCAAGCCCCUCCCCAGCCACAGCCGCAACAACCAGACCCGACAAAGCCCGCCGUCCUCACCGAUGUCCGUCGUCUGGUCGCCAUUCUCAGCCCAUCGUCGCCCUUCUCGCACAUUCGCUUCCGCCUCACGGCUGCCAAUGCGCUGGCCAACUUGCUGACCGACUGCGUGCAAUUGUCGUUUGAGCGCAACGACGAUGGACAGGGUUUGUUUACCUGGAUUGGCACAAAAGCUGGCCAGCUUCCCUACGCCAACCCGGUCAUCACAGGCGAGGUCUUGGUCGAGGCAUCCCCUGCUCUGCUAAACAGUGGCUCUGAGGCAGACUUUAUCGCGCGCGAACCCGGGCCAUUCUCGACUGCCGAUCGCUCAGACUCGCUCGUCUACGUGGACGUCUCUGGAGGUUCACGGCAACGCGCAAUCUGCCCAACCCACUAUGCGCUCUGCGACACGGCGUCCUGGGAGCAUGGCUCGUACGUCACCAACUGGGAGCUGCAAGGGCGAGUGGACAAGUCGCACCCGUGGCUCGUUCUUCGCAGACACAUGGACGAUCAUACUUUGUGCCGACGAAAUGCCACGCAGUCGUGGUUUAUCCAAGGCAGCGCUGCGAAAUCGCACCUGACUGGCGUUGUCGAUCAGUACGGUGCUCCCCAGGCCGUCCCACACCAGCACACUCCACAACCACCGUCACAGCAGCAACCUGGGCUUUCUGGAGCCCAAACGAUUCCGUUUUGCUCCGAGUUUCGAGUCGUCUGCACAGGACCGGGCACUGGUGGGCGGCGUACGUUGACUCUGGCCGGGUUUGAACUGUACGGGUUGGUGCGCGAAGGGCGUGGCGCCUCACCCGAGACCUUGGAGGCGCUGGCAAGCCAGUUUGUCGAGGCCGGUGGUGUCGAGCAUGUCUCUCGAUUGCUUUCGCAGAGCCAAAGCAGUCUCUGUGAUGCUGAGGCGCGCGCGGGUCAACUGGCACCGGAAUCUCGCGAAGAAAUUGCGGCGCACUUGGCCGCGUCCUUCUGGUCGAUUGACAGUGGCACAAACGACACGGAACGCCUCCGACUCGCGUGCAUUCGCAUGCUUCAAGCCGUGUGCACAACCGUGGAGCGUGCCGCUCGCGUGGCUCGCGCCGUUCAACCUCUCCUGAACUGCCUGUGUGCCUCGGAAUCCCUCUCGGUGCAAAACCAGACCAGCCUGCUGCUUGCCACGCUUUGCGAGUCGUUCAUGGACUCUGUCGUGCUGAAUCCAGAGACACGGCCGUUUGACGCCAAGGCUCUCGUGUCUGCACUGCUCACGCUGGCAGCAUCUGUCGGUCGUGUGGUGGCGUCGCGAGCCAUCAGCAUUAUCGAGCUGCUCACGCGACAUUUGCCAGAGUUUGGCUCUGCGUUGGCAGAAGCCGGGACGAUUGAUUUGCUGAUUUCAGUGAUCAAGGAAGAACGGACGCGCGGGACGCUGUUGGCCGGUCACCCGGCAUGCAUUGCUUUGUGCAACAUGUGCGUGAACGAAGAGCUGCGUGUCCGCGUCUUGUACCAUGGCAAUGCGCACAUUCUCACGGGAAUUAUGCUGAAUGCACGUACCGAGCUGCAACGCUUGGUUCUUGCCAUCAUGUCGAUUGCUGUCCCUCACGACGCGUCGGCACUGACGCAGGAUGACAGCAUGCUCCGCUGCGGGACAAUGCGGGCGUCGUUCUUUGAGACGUUGCUUGCGAAUGGCGCUCUCGCCGUCAUUUGCGAGUAUUACGAAGCGCACUCUAAAUCGCCCGAAUGGUCCAGGCGCGUCUCUGCGUACUUUGGUGAUCUGCAACUGCCCGAUGAUUCCAACAACCUCAUUGUGGCUCGGUUGAUUGCACAGCUGACUCAGCAUUUGACAGACCAUCGGCAGCUGCUGCAGACGUCCGUGUUAAAUGUUGUAGUCGCCUUGCUCGCAACCGCGGAAGUGGAUGUUCGCUGUUUUGCCACAGCCGCGCUCUUUCAUCUGACGCGCAAUUCGGACUUUCAGGUCAUUGUGGCGGCGCACGCUCCUUUGCGCGACAUUCUGUCCCAGAGCGUUGACGCUGCGCUCGCUCGCCUUCCGGCGCCAGAGUCCUCCCCAUCAAUCGACACCCAACGGUCAGCUCGUUUGGCCAGCGACGCCAUCGCCCAGCCGACCGGGACGUUUGACUCAACCAAGGUCGAAGACCGUCUCAUGCUCUGGACGCUCCGCUGCUUUAUUCGCCUCGCCCUCAACCUGAUUCUUCUGGAAGGCUUUACUGCGAGUCGAUUGCGGCAGCUCCUGACCGUGGCCACUGCCGGCGAUGAAACGUUGAUUCAAGAAACAACGCAGUGUCUCAAGCUGAUUGUCAAGAGCAGCGACAACCGAUCGCUCUUGGUCGAGCACGGCUUCAUCCCUUUGCUGCUCUCCAUGGUGCACUCUGUUGACUUGCGCGCGUUUGCCGUUGAGACUCUUGAUAGCUUUCUCCUGCACGGUCAGGAUAAUGACGCCAGUUGCAUUGAGCUCCUCCUGCACGAUGGCAUUCCGGUGUUGACUCGGUUGCUCGAAGCGUAUGCGACGCUGGACUUGUCGCGUGAUGCUUCCGCCACAUUCGUCCAGCGGGAGUGCACGGUCAAGCGACCUGACGAUAUGCAGAGCACAACCGUUGCGGCCCUUGUCCUCGCUCAUCCACCCUGCCUGCCCGCCCUCAUCUCGCUCGUCAUGUCGCCAUCGGUGCUUUUGCAGCGUGUGUCCAUCAGAACUAUCAUGUAUUUGGCAAUGUCAUCGGAGGUGGUCACGGCGCUUGCUCGGACCGUCGACAGUGCUUGGCAAAUCCAGCGCCGCCUUCUUGCGGCGACGGAAGUUUCACCCAGCGAGUCUACCCGCACUGUCGAGCCGGUAGCGCAAAUGCAGUCGAAACUUGGCACGCGGGGACCAACGAAAUCGACAAGAAAGGCCACCACGGGACCUGGAGCCGGCUCGCAGACGAAAGGCACUCUGGGAAUCAGCAUGCUUCCGUCGUUCGUUCAAGUGCUCUUCCACCUCUGUGCCUCUGCAGAUGAUGAGGUCAAGUAUGCUGCCGUCCGCGUCCUUGGCACAAUGCUGCCAAUCAUUGAUUUUGGGGCGUCCGAGCAAGUCAGAAUCCACCGCUUCCACGCCUUCGUGUCGCACACCCUCAGCUUAAUUGAAGCAAACCACGAAUCGUCCACGCGCCUCAACUUGCUCCGCUGGAUUCCGGUUUUGUUUCAGAUUCUGGCCGACCCGGCGUUCUUGUCAUCGACGGAGGCCUUCUUUACGGUCGUGAUGCGCGUCGCCUCCAAGCACAUCUUGGAAAUGUGCCUCAGCUCGCCGCUCGUCGCAGUGCAGGCGAUUGCAAUGGACAUUUUGCUGGUGGUUGGUGUCAAGGUCAAGCAGCUUGCAGCCAUCUAUCUGAAGCGCAAGCAAGCGGCCAGUUUUGAUACUGUGGGCCUCGGCGAGGUCGUCCAGCUGUUGCUUUCACCGCACGACAGUCUGCGAACCAAAGCGGCGCGAGUUCUUGCCACGCUGAGCGCAUCGGCAGACCACGCCAACCGCAUCGCCACGGAAGGUGCCCUCGACCACUUGCUGGUGCUGCUUCGGCUCGCAACAAACACCGCACCAGCAGAGUACCAUGAGCACCAACGUUAUCUCGCUGAAUGUGCCGAACAUCCCGAUGCUGGCGCAGCCCCUCAGGCUCUGCAUCACGCAAGACUGGAAGCCUUGAACUUGAACGCUCUGCCGGCUGCCCCGUCGCCACUCCAGGCUGGAACUCGCGCGUCCGACCGCCCGUUGGAGACUGCAUCGGCCCCACAACUCGGCCAGGUAGGAGUCGGCUCCCGUAGUGUCGUGUCGUCAGGCGCAGCGGCCGAGAGCCUGUGGCUCCGGCUUCCGCUGGGCUUUGCGAUUGAUGAAGAAAUCAUCCCGAUCGUCUUGAAAACGCUGCGUCGGCUGACGUCGCACAGCCACCUGGCCGAGCGGUACUCGCGGCGUUUGCGAGGCGAUGACCUGUUGCCCAUUGUCGUGCUGUCCAACGGAGCCAAUCAGCAACUCAGCGCGCAAGCCAAGCGCAUUUUGAGCAACCUGAACGUGAACGAUGCAGAACAGCUCCUGGGUCUUGCUGCGUCGACAGAUCCUGCCGCUCAGCUGAAGGCCUUGACUGGCCUCGCAGAGCUGUCCUUGCACCAAAGCAAUCGCGUUCUCCUCGUCAACCGUGGUCUCCAGCCGUUGCUUACUCUUGUUGAAAAGUCUCCUUCGCGGUCCCUCAUUGGCGCGGCGCUGGCCGUGUUGAACAAUUUAGCCAGCGUUGCGAAAUGUCAAGAAGAAUUCCGGGCGCCGGCCUUUGUGCGCUUGCUCAUCGGCUUGGUGGUUGAAGACAAACACACAUGGCGAAGGCAGCAGAAGCGGAAGAGCAAACUCGCGAACGCCGCCGAGUCGUCCGACGGUCGUGCCGCCUUUUCCGCCGCUGCGAGUGACGACUCUGACGCCGAUUCAGAUGGCGAGGUGGAGGCGUCGACAAGUGUGCUUGAAACAGACGAUUCGGAUUGCGAUGACUUGUCUGGCUCCAUGGCAGCGGAAGAAGUCAACAUCCGCCGGUGGGCUUGCUCCAUUUUUGGGCAGCUCUGCUCCCAGAACGACAUCUUUUGCAUCGAACUGGUCGACCUUGGCGGCCUGGAUGCUUUGAACGUGGCGCUGUACAGCAACAACCAGGCCAUUCAGCUGGAGGCGGCGCGGACGCUGCGCUGCAUCUCGACGUGCAUGGAAACUCACUUUAACAUUGCGGCCCACCCUGUCGUUCAGACCAUGUUGAUUAUCAGCUACUUUUCCCGCGGUGUCCCGAGCGACGUGCAUCGACGACUCGGAGCCGCCUUGCGCAACUUGGGUACCGGCUGGGUCCCCACUGUUGUCAAGCGAUGGACACCUGCAGACGUGCUUCUUUGGGUGCAGUGCAUCGGACUUGCCCAGUUCUUGCCCGUCUUUGCGGCAAUGCGGGUGACGGAUGGCGAAUUGUACAUUCCGCCUCAUGCAGUGGCGAGCGUCGCCGCUGAUGCAGCCGGUCGCGCCAACACAGCGCAUCGUCGAAGCGCAAACGCAGCAAUCGCUGCAGGCGGCGGCGGCAACCCCACCUUCACUCAUGCUCAUGCGCAUUCUCAUUCUCAUUCUCAUGCGCAUGGUAACCAUGCGCGCGCGCAUUCUCAUGGGCACAGUCGUCACUCCAGUACACGGCAGAGCUCGAUUCUCUCGGGCAGGUCGGCCUCGCCAAGCAACGACCCGCAAGCCUCGCGCAGGUCGAUCGUUUCAGAUACCGGCAGCCUGGAAGGAGUGGCAUCGGUGCUCGGCCGCCCGUCCAUUUCCGCGUCAAACACUAGCGACCAGCAUUCUUCUCGUCACCAUGGUCAUCACCGCCGUCACCACCAUCACUCCCAUCGUCGUCACCACACCGACCAUCACGGGCAGUCUCAGCAAGGGCAAGCGUCAACGGCUCUGCUAAACGGGAGGGGCCUGCUCGCCGUGACGGACAACGACGCUGCCUCGAUUGUGAACGGGUCUUUGCGCGACACGAGCCUUUUGGUUGAAGCCCUGCACCAGCUGCGUGCCGAGUCCCUCCUGGACGUGGUUGCGCGCGCUGAGGUGCAGCUCCGCCAGCGCGCUGCCGAAUCCACCGUGGCUGAGACCGUGCAACCACCCAAGCAGCAGUGGGACAUCUUUUUGAGCUACCGGCACUUGGAUGGAGACUUUGCUCGGGCGCUUGAAGCCGACCUGAAUGAGAGAGGCUUUAGCGUGUGGGUGGACAAGAACGACAUCAGUGCAGGAAACGAUUGGCGCUCGGACAUUGCCAACGGAAUUGACAACGCGCUGUGCGUUGUAUUCUUGAUGACGCCCGGGUCGGUCCAGUCCAAGUACUGCUUGGAGGAAGUUCACUACGCCUACGAGGCGGACAAGCCCAUCUUCCCCGUUGUGUUUGUCGACGCGUACGAACACAUGAAGGGCGCACUCAAGAUGAUGCUGAGCCGAAUCCAGUGGAUUGAUUUUGAAAAUAUUCCCUAUGAGACGAGCCUUCUCAAUCUCAUCGGUCAAGUGGAUCGCAUCAGACUCGAAGUGGGUCGCAACGCUGUUGACGAGGAGGCGGGCGAAAAUGGGGCGCAAAUUGCUUUGCCUACUUCCCAGGUGCCAGAAGACGCCGUUUCGACUCCGUCUCAGCUGCCAGAAGACGCUGGUUUGAUCAUGUCCCAGGUCGAAUUGGUCUCGAGCGUGACCAGUUCAGCGCUGCUACCUGAUGGCCAGGCAGUCGCAUCCACGCAGGUGGAGGCAGCCGCCGUGCACGCGUCGAGCACUUCCGUCUUGAAUGCUUCUGAAACCGUCACGAGCUCUCGUACUCUGAGCUCUGGAUCUCUGACGCAGUUGCCGGAAGAAUCGGAAGCGCCCAUACCUCGAGCGCACCCUCCCCUGACAAGUCAACCUUCCAGUGCAAGUCUUGGACGACGAUCGGUCAAGCUGCAGUCUACUGCGCCCGUUUCUCAAACAAGCGACGAUAUCAAUGCGCUGAAAGUGAUGCUGCAACGCCAGCAGCAGCAAAUGAGCAAGAUGGAGGAGGUGCUGCAAAUGCAGGCUUCGCUGCUGCUUCAGCUGACGCGAAGCAAGCAGACCAUGUAA